UCCAAAGAAAGGGGCUUUUCCCAUCUUCUCCGGUAAAACAUAGACAACUUUCUCCAGCCGCAUGAUAAACGGUGAGAGGCUGUUUUCUUAAGUCGUCUGUUGCGCUUGGAAAAGCUGUCUCCUUGGACAUGUAGCCUGUUUCUUAUGGAAGUAUUUUUUUGAUUGAAGUGACAACUUGAUUUUUUUAAUCUGACGUAUUGGAUAUUUUUUUGAACCACAAUACAAGUCUGACUCAAAGUUAUAGACUCGCGGACGUUUCUCGUUUCCUAUUUUUCGAAGACACACAUGAUUAAUGCUGAACGCCUCAUUAUAAUCAUUCCAAACUUCGGCUGCUUUUUGAGAAGAGGAGGCGAACUGCACGGUUGUGAACGCAAUCUAUGCUUCAUGAACUUCAGUUACAUGUAAAGUUACUGAGAUUCACGCGGUCCUGUUGUCUUUGUUAGUAAAGUCACAAUGCCUCGUCCCGGAAAAAAUUCUUACAGUGACCAGAAACCUCCAUAUUCUUAUAUUUCUCUAACUGCCAUGGCUAUCCAGAGCUCUCAAGAAAAGAUGCUGCCACUCAGUGACAUUUAUAAGUUUAUAAUGGAUAGAUUUCCUUAUUACAGGGAAAAUACACAAAGAUGGCAAAAUUCUUUGAGACAUAAUCUUUCUUUUAAUGACUGCUUCAUUAAGAUACCCCGAAGACCCGAUCAACCUGGAAAAGGGAGUUUUUGGGCCCUGCAUCCUGACUGUGGGGACAUGUUUGAGAACGGUAGCUUUUUGAGAAGGCGAAAGAGAUUUAAAUUGAUGCGAUCUGAUCACCUGGCAUCCAAGAACUCUCAGAUGCUCCACUAUUUUCAUCACCAACACCACCAGGCCAAAUUGGGCAUCGGGACUCCAGAGACUACCGGGGGUGUUGGACGGCUUCCACAGUUCCAGACUUACAGCAUUAACGGGGGACAGUCAAGUGGGUUUAAGCAUCCAUUCGCUAUUGAAAAUAUCAUAGGCAGGGACUAUAAAGGUAUGAUGGCAAGUGGAUUGCCUAUUGCUUCAGUUAUGCAUCACCUUGGGUACCCGGUGCCAAGUCAGAUUAGCAACAUGGUCAAUUCCAUGUGGCCUCACGUCGGCAUGCUAGACUCUAUGGCUCCGAUGCCGAUUUCUUCAGACUAUGGACCUUUCGGAGUACCCAUGAAAACACUCUGUCAUACAACUGGACAGACGAUGCCAGCUGUUCCUCUCCCGAUCAAACCAACCCCUUCUCUUGGUCAGGUCUCUGCCAUCCCCACUCUCACGGGAAACGCGGCGCACCUCUGCCCUUCAUCUGCUUCCUCACUGCUUGAAAAAACUCUUCCAGACAUGAUCGAGGGUAAAGGCAACUCUUUGCAUCCAGCUCUCAUGCUUUCUUAGAGGGCGACAAAAGUGACGAACAAGGUGCAGAUGUUUUUAGACAGAUCAAAGAACGAAACAAUGUUACAGCUUCAAAUGGAGUAAGAGAUAAACGGUAAUUUGGCGGUCUGAGUCAUAUUUAUAGCAAAUUUAGCCCAUUACACUGCAGGUAAGGCGAUUCAUUCUGGGGGGAAAAAUAAACGGGAUGGAGUUUAAAAAGAUGUGACUCAAAUGUUAAUUAAAUGACUGAAAGAAAUGGCAAUUUAAUGCUUUUUCCUGUACUUUAUCUGUGCAUUUCUUGCACAUUUAAAUGUUAUUUAUUUUUUUAUAAUGAAAUGUAUCUGAAGAGAGUUUUGUUAAGCAACUAACAUUUUCUGAAGAAAAUUACUUAAGCAGAACAAAGUAUUCAAAUAAAUAAAUGUAGAAUUAUGUAAACUUUUAGAAGCUCAAA